AGAAAAGGCUGUUAAUGGUAAUAAGCUGAGAAUGGAGGCUCAACGAAGUUGCAAGGAAUAUAAAUGUGAGAUUCUAAUAAACCAAUCCAAGUCAACAUGCGAUUUACCGGAACCUGAAACUAAAGGCAUAUUUGCAAUAAAAGAGAACGAUUGUGUAAUUUACGUUGGCCAAUCACAGGAUUGCAUGAGAGAGAGGCUUCUUAGUCAUUUAUCUGGUUACGAUUCGCAGGAUAUUGGAGAACAUUUGAAAAAUAUAGACAAAGAGGAAAAGGAAAGGUCUAUUACAAUAUCUUGGGUUGAUAUUAAAAAACCUAGAUUUGAAGAGCACCAUUAUCUAAAAUGUGUUGCAGCGCGUCAAACGAUAUGGCCAAGAUUCAACCGAAAACGUGGGAGACCAAAAAAGAACUCCGUUUCAUAUAUGUAGCUUAUAUUUUAUCAUGAUUUAAUUCGGUGUCUUUCUAUCACAUAUGAUUGUGGAUUGGUCCUAUAAAUUUCAGUGUGAAAGGUGUUUAUUAUACAUAGCCACAUUCUGUAUGUGCUUGUCCCAAGUCAGGCAUGCAGAAGCCCACAGUUUAAAGCUUGUAGUUGGUUGAUGUCCGUCAUAUUGUUUUUUGUAUCCUGUUUUGUUAUAAAUUAGGCUGUUAGUUUUCUAGUUUCGAAUCGUUUCAUAUUGUCAUAUCAGAAACUUUUGUAGCUAGCUAUUCAGAAUGGGGUUUUCUCAUUGUUGAUGACCGUACUGUUGCCUUUAACUGCUUAUAUCCACUGCAUUUGAAUUUUUGUGGACAUUUGUCUCAUUUGCAAUCAUACGUAUCUUUAUUUUCAUAUGAUAUGGAAAAGAGUGCAUAUUUUACAAUUUAAAUAUAUACAAGUAAUAUAGUCAGUGAGUAUGUACACAUCUUCACAACUACAAGCACAUUUGCAUCAUUGAAUUAUUCGCGGUGAAAAACCACAAAUA